AAAGGAAAAGAAAAAUGUAAAUUUUGCGACGGUGGAGCAGCCGAGUGGAGUUCUGCUGUAUUCUGCUGUUUUUGGUUUGCUCUCGAGCUGUUUAGUUUAUUGUAGCGGAGUUUUGUAUGGGCGUGUAAAACAUCUCAAAGUAUUGGAAUUCUUAUCAACGCUACAUAUAAAAUUUGUUUGCGGUAGAAAUAUUUAACAUUCUUAAUUAAGCUCGACGGGAUGCUUCACCCACGGAACUAAACGCGCGAGUGCUCAGCUCUAAUAGAAUGGCUGUUAGUUAUGGGUGUUAGAACACCAGUGUUGUAAAUAAAAUCUGUAUGAAUGCUUUGCGAAUGCAAACACAUUUUGGAUGUUAAAAAUUUAUUUGAAUAUUUUGUGCUGAAAGGAGAUAUUUGUGUUUCAAAGUGUAUUCGGUUAAAAAACAAGCGUAUUUCACAGAUUUAAUUUCCUUGUUUCCGUUGCUUAGCUCUCGCGUAGAGCGUUGUGUCCUAGAAGUCAAUGUCCAAAACGACAGAUUCAGCAACCAUUUCCUUACUUACUGGAGCAUCCGUGGAUAGCGCCAGCAGGACACGCGCUCAGCAACGUAUUAGCCUAACAACAAAGCGGCGAAAAAUGUCACGUCGUGCCAAUCUGAUAGGCAUUUGUGGCGUUAGCAGUCUCUGCAUAUUGCUGCUGAUAGCGACAACCCAACAUCGACCUGCCUCUAUGACCAUAUCUAACGGCAUGGCCGUUGGAGUUGGUGACAUAUCGGGCUUACAGACAGGUUAUGUCGAUCGGCAUCAUGUAGGCACUGCGAGCGUUACAUACAAUAUGACGGCUACAAUAGCGGAUGUCCUGACGGCGCAACGCACGAAGAUUCUCACUGAAAUGGAAAACUUCGAAUAUCCACAAGGACGGUUCGGUGUCGACGCCGAAAAAUUAUCUGACAUGACACCUGAAACAAAUGGGUCACCGAUACGUAGCGUGAUCAUAACAACUUGGCGUUCGGGCUCUACAUUCUUGGGCGACAUACUAAAUGCCAUGCCAGGCAAUUACUAUCAUUACGAACCGUUGCUGUCGUUUGGCAUCAAUCAAGUGCGCGAGGAGUCCGAAGGGGACGAAGCGUUACGGAUGCUUCGACACCUACUCCAUUGCAACUAUACAAAUAUGCAUGAAUACCUCGAUUAUGGCAAACAGCAUUCGUAUUUGUUUGAGCACAAUGAGCGUUUGUGGAGUGUAUGCAAAGAGUUUCCACAUUUUUGCUGGCAACCAAAAUUUCUAACACCCACAUGUAAACUCUUUCCGAUGCAGAGCAUGAAGGUGGUGCGACUACGAUUGUCGUUGGCGAAAGCACUGCUUGAUGACAAUAGGUAA